AUGCCUUUUAUGGAAAUAAAGAAUUAUCUAAAUCUAUCCAGAGACGAAGAUGAAGGGCAUGAUAAUUAUGAUCUGCAAGAUGACGAUGGUGACUUGGAUGGUUCAGAUGGUGGUGAUAAAAAGAAACAUCGUAGAAAUAGAACAACAUUUACUACUUAUCAGUUACACGAGUUAGAAAGAGCAUUCGAAAAAUCCCAUUAUCCCGAUGUUUACAGUCGAGAAGAACUCGCCAUUAAAAUCAACCUUCCAGAAGUGCGAGUACAGGUAUGGUUUCAGAAUAGAAGAGCAAAAUGGCGUCGCCAGGAGAAAUUAGAAGGUGGUAAAUGUUCUGAUAAUUAUUCACUACCAUCAGUUGGUAAAUCAUUGAGUACCAGUAUAGGAGGCACGGGACUACCAAUAGAUCCAUGGUUAACACCACCAAUAGUGAACGCCGUCAAUCUUUCUGCAUCUUUAUCCGCGCCAGGCACUGCAUCCAUGGCGGCAGCCUUUCAAGGACUUCCACAAGGUUUCCCAUCUCAAAGUGUUACAUCAUACUCCAGCUUCUUCCCGCCAGGAUUUCCCAUUACAUCUCAAGCUAAUGCUUUUGCUGGAGUGUUUAAUCCGUUAACUGCCCAAUCUUGUCAAAACGACCAACUUGCUGCCAAUAUGAUGAGUGUAUUCAAUCCUUUAAUGGGGAGAGAUCGCGAUGACGACCCAAGGAAUUCUAGUAUAGCUGCUUUAAGAUUAAAAGCUCGUGAACAUCAAGAAGUGAUUGAAAAGAAAUAUCCCGGUGCAUUAUGA